AUGAGACCGCCUGUCCCCGAGGUCGCAGUCCCGCGGUCUCGCAAGUCCUCGCUUGAACAGCAGUGGAUCGAUCCCCGCAGCGCCGUCCCGUCCACUUUCUACCUGGCCCGCAGUCACGGCUCCUCCGAUGCCGAUGCGGAUGAGCUGUCUCCAGAUGAAUCUGACCACUUGAGAGAUAGCAUGUAUGGCGUUCAGAGCUUCGAGGGAACUGGACAGUCCAUUGCAAGUAUCCCUGCUGCCCCCCAACUCGAGUCGGAUCCCUUGUGCGUCAACAAACCCGCUUCAAGAUCAGCCUCUCUGAGAGACGAGGAAGGGGAAGAAGACGCUGUCUUUGGGGCUCGCCGGAAAUCAACACUCAAACCACUUGAUCCGAUCCACCCCAGUAUGCUAGAUCCUUCGCUACCUACAUCGACCUUGACCUCCCCGCGUCCCUCAACCCCAUUGAACUUCACCAACCCGGAUGAAGCAUCAUCUCUCCCCAGCAGUCCCAGGUCAAUCACCAAUCAGUCUCUGAGACAUCUUGACGAGAUCUCCAUUACCGAUGACUUGAGUAGCCAGGCUGUCGCCUCCGGUGAAGAGGACGAGGAAUCGCGCCCUCUGCCACACAUGAGUUCCGACAGCAUGUCUCAACUGAUCAUGCCAAGUAUCAGCAUGCCCAGUCGAAGACCCUUCACUGAUAAGGGGAUGGCGCUAGGGCGUUUAAAGAUUCUUUUUGCUGGACCUUCUGGAUCGGGUAAAACGUCAUUCAUCAAAUCAAUCGUACAGAUCUGCGAAGAUAUCGUGCAUGUCGACCCCUUUGAUGAACCAGCCCACCCUUUGGUGUCGCUGUCCCAUGUCAGACGAUCUUCCCGCGCCUCGUCUCGGCCUACCCCCCUCCCCGCUCCCGUGUCGGAGAUCUAUGCCAGCUCCAAACCCUAUCCCACAUGGUGGUCAGAUCUGGAGGAUUCGCGUGUGCUUCGACGACGAAAAAGUAUGGGGGAGAUUGUGCUCGAGCGUAAUCUCUGCUUUGUGGAUACGCCCGCAAGUCGGCUCAGUCAACUGGGACAGAUCGAUGCCAUCAUUCAGUAUAUGAACCAGCAGCUCUUCCGUGCCACGGCAGCCCUCGAGACCUCCAAUAAUGAUUUUCAAAAUAUGCUCGCGGGGAAUGGGGGAUGUCAGGUGGAUGUCAUUCUAUAUCUCAUAUCCCAAGAUACCCUUCGCUCGGAUAUUGAAUGCAUCAGCAAGCUUGGAGAUUGGACAAAUGUGAUUCCUGUGAUCUCUAAAUCAGAUCUUUUGACCCCCGACCAAAUUUCAGCCCUCAAGUCUGCAUAUCACGAUCAUGCUCAAACAGUCUCCCUGCGGCCGUUCUCUCUGUUUGGAGAUGUAUUUCCCGAUAUUGAUCAGUCGCCAUUCGCAGUGUCAUCGGCAAAGUCUAAUGAUGAUUCGAUUAUGGAUGCCAGCACGCUAAUGAGCCCGGACUAUGUGCAACCUCUAGUUCAUUCGGAGCUUACACUCCUAGUGCAGAGACUGUUUGACCGCGAGAAUGUGGCUUGGAUCAGACAUUCGGCUGCGAAGAAAGUCGCACAACAGCACAAGGAACUACAUCGACAGCAUCGUCCGCUUCAGAACGGGGCUCUUUCUUUCUCUUCUAGCCCGUAUGGUCUCGCUCCUGGCUAUACAAUGGCGCGAAUAUCAGACUAUACGCAGCGUGAGGAGAAAUUAGCCCGAAUCCAGCUCGCCCGAUGGGCAUCCGAUUUACAGCAAAGCCUGCAAAACGAGCGCGAGAGAUACGCCGCCGUGGCAAGAGGCGAGCGUGCCGUAUGGCUCACCGAACGCCUCGGAGAAUGCGUGGUAGAGGGCUCUUUAGUCCCCAUCUCACAGACUCCCGGUUUCUACGGACUCCGCGUACCGCCCGACAAAGCAACUGGGAGCCUUCUCGUCCGGGCCCAGAGCGGCCAGAAAGUGGAAUAUCAUAUCGCCAGAAUCAGCCCUCUCGACCCACUUGGCGUGGUUCGAUGGUCAGAGGAUCUCAAGCGACGAGGCUGGGCCAUUGUCCAAAUUGUCGGUAGUUUUGGUGUCGUCGGAGGGCUGGCUCUCUGGCUCGCAAAAGCUUGGGGAUUACCCUCACGCAGCUUUUCUGAAUGGCGCUUUGAUUGGUUCUGUACCAGUGAUUAGAAAGAACCCUCCCAACUCGGUAUAUAAGAUACCAUUCUCCUUUUUUUUCUUUUUUUUCUUUUUUUUUUUUUUUUUUUUU